ACCCCGCGGCUGCGCGGCUGGAGGCGGACACAUUCCUCUGUCCUCCCCCAGGACCCGGAGGGGAGGGAGGGGGGCAGGAGGGAGACUCCCGCUGCUGCUGCUGCUGCGCGCAUUUAAUUAUCAGAGGAAGAAGCAGCAGGACGGUCGGGGCCGCGCGCCGCCCCCCUGCGUUCUCCCACCCGGCGCUCCGCUCGACGCUCCGAGCAGAGAGGAAGAGGCUCAGCUGGAUGUUCGUUUCUGUCCCGGAUCGGUCGUUUUUCAGCUCCAGAGUGUCUCUGUGAUGUUUUGGAUCUGAAACAAACUGAAAAGUUCUUCUCCAUUUUUUUUUUUUUACGCGUGCGGAGACGCGCGUCAAAGCGGAGCCGCGCGGCGGCGCUGGAGGUGUGCGCUCCAUCCGUCCAGAGGGGCUGACGGGAAAGUGGGAAACCACCUGUUGCAGAAGUUUCCUGGAGCUCCUCGCGGAUAAACUCGAGCCGCUAAAACGAGAAGCCGGGCGGGCGGAGCCUUGCCGGAGACGCGCGCGCCGCGCCGAGCGCAGCGGAAUGCGGCUUUUACGCACGCGGCCGGCGCAGUUUCCAGUGAAGACGCUCCCGUCUGUGGGGCACUGAUCCCCGCCGCCCCGGCCCCGGGCCCCGGGCCGCGCUCCGUCUGCGCCCCGCGGGAUGUCAUGGUGCCCCGGGCUGCGGUGAGCCGCGCCGCCGAGCCCCGCACGGGAUGGCGCGGCAGGACGCGGUGAGGUGUCUGCGGUGUCUGCUGUACGCGCUCAACCUGCUGUUCUGGCUGAUGUCAGCGUGUGUGCUGGGACUGGCAGCGUGGAUCAGAGACACCCUGAACACCGUGCUCACCCUGACAGCCCACACCAGGUUGGAGGAAGCCGCCGUCCUCACAUAUUCGCCGGCGGUCCACCCCGUCAUCAUCGCCGUGUGCUGCUUCCUCAUCAUGGUGGCCAUGGUGGGAUACUGCGGCACGCUGCGCUGCGACCUGCUGCUGCUGUCCUGGGUACCGCUGCGCCGCCCCGCCUGUCUGAGCCUCUUUAACACUCCCAGUCAGUCAUUUAACCUGUACAGGCAGCAGGCGUACUUCGGCAGCCUGCUGGUCAUCUUCUGCGUGGAGCUGGCGAGCGCCGUGUGGACGUACGACGAGCCGUCGGUGCAGCGCUCUGAUAUGAUCAGCCUCAAGUCUCGAAUGCAGAAUUACGGCCUGCAGCGGUAUCAGUGGCUCACACACACCUGGAACAGCUUCCAGACUGAGUUCCAGUGCUGUGGGGUGAUCUACUUCACUGAUUGGCUGGAGAUGACGGAGCUGGACUUCCCUCCGGACUCCUGCUGCUCCAGUCAGUACCCGGGCUGCGCUCGACACGCCCACUACCACGACCUGAGCGACCUGCACCAGGAGGGCUGCGGUCCAAAGAUCUACUCCUUCAUCCGUGGGACGAAGCAGCUGCAGGCGCUGCGGUUUCUGGGCGUGUCCAUCGGCGUGGCUCAGAUUCUCGCCAUGGCGCUCACGCUCACGCUGCUCUGGGCGCUCUACUAUGGUCGGAAGUCUCCCCAGCCGGACUCCGCUCCUCCUCCCUCGCCGCCGGACGACUGCACGCCGCUCACGGCGGCGCCCGCGGAGCCGGCCGAGGCGCCCAGGCCCGCCUGCGCGCGCUGGAACCCUAAAGUCUGCACUAACGCGCCCCCUGCUGGCGAGACGCCCGCGGGACCUCAGUUCGAGAUGGAGCGGCUUCACGCCGCAGCCUGACUUCAGCGCCGCUGACGGCAAAGGCGG